AUGCGCCUAAGGUCGAUCUUCGCACGGCUUUUCCUACUGUCUUGUCUUCUCUUCGGUCUGGUUUCUCCUGGGGUAGAUGAAUGGAUUUGGGAAUUAUCGUUUCCUGUACGAAGCAUUGCUGGAGUAUUUGAGACUUCUCCUGCUGGUCUGCGCUAUAAUCGCGGCUUUCCACGAGGAAUUUGGGGCACGAAUUUAGCUCCAGAUCUCGGCAGAUAUGAUGAAACCAAUCAAUCAUUUCUUACUGAUGGUGAGUUGCGAAUUUUAUCUACUUGA